CCAGAUGCUUCAGGCCAUCAUGAGUUGGCUGCAGCAGAAGAGCAGAAGCCAGUGUUCAAGCAGCACAUUCCUGCCAACACCAAGGUCAUGCUGAUCAGUGACAUUGAUGGAGAUGGGAAGUGUGAGUUGGUGGUGGGUUACACUGACAGGGUGGUACGUGCCUUCCGCUGGGAAGACUUGUCGGAGAAUUCGGACCAUGUCUCUGGGCAGCUCCUCCUGCUGCAAAAAUGGCUGCUAGAAGGUCAGGUGGACAGUCUGUCUGUGAACCCAGGCCCUGACGGUUCACCGGAGAUGAUGGUGUCUCAGCCGGGCUGCGGUUACGCCAUUCUGCUCUGCACCUGGGACUCUGAGCAGCAGGCCACGACGGAGGGAACCGACAACUCUGCCCCAAGCAGCGAGGCCCCUAUUCGAGAUGUUAUUCUACACCAAACAUCUGGACGGAUUCACAACAAGAAUGUUUCCACCCAUCUAAUUGGUAGCAUUGGCCGAGGCGGCUCCAGUGAGAAUAGUGGCUCUGGUCUCUUUGCCCUCUGUACUCUGGAUGGAACACUGAAGCUUAUGGAGGGAGCAGACAAGCUGCUCUGGUCUGUGCAGGUUGAUCAUCAGCUGUUUGCUGUGGAAAAGCUGGAUGUUACCGGCAAUGGGCAUGAGGAGGUGAUUGCCUGUGCAUGGGAUGGUCAGACGUACAUCAUCAACCACAAUCGGACUGUUGCCAGAUUUCAAGCAGAUGAGAAUGUCAGCGCGUUCUGUGCAGGCCUCUAUGCAUGUAAAGGAGGAAGCAACAGCCCCUGCCUGGUUUAUGUUGGCUUCAAUCAGAAGAUCUACAUCUACUGGGAUGUGCAGUUGGAGAGAAUGGAGUCCACUAACCUGUUGAAAAUCCUGGAUUGUGACCCCGAGUUUGGAAUUCUCCUGCAGCAGCUGGGUGUGGAAAGAGGCGAUGUUUCUGCUGUCAAAGAUCUGAUUCAUAAAACGCUGUAUUUUCCUGAGAAACAGCAGCAGAGCAGCUCCUCACAGUGUGACGACCGUGCUGGAACAGACUCCUCUGCCCACUACACUGUCAUCCAGGAUCCCUUAUAA